AUGAAACCACAAAUUAAUAAAACAAAAACAUUCAUCGCUCCUAAUUCUCUCUGUAUAUCUAUCUAUCUAUCUAUCUAUCUAUCUAUUUUUAUUGCCUGUGAUAGUGGAUUCAAAUCUCUUACAUCUUCUCCACUCUCUACAUCAAAACACACCACCUCGCUCUGCUUAUCUAUCUAUCUAUCUAUCUAUCUAUCUAUCUAUCUAUCUAUCUAUCUAUCUAUCUAUCUAUCUAUUUUUAUUGCCUGUGAUAGGUGUUUGAACUUAGGCAAAAAGUGGAUUCAAAUUUCUUACAUCUUCUCCACUGUCAACAUCAAAACACACCACCUCGCUCUGCUUAUCUAUCUAUCUAUCUAUCUAUCUAUCUAUCUAUCUAUCUAUCUCUAUCUAUCUAUCUAUUUUAUUGCCUGUGAUAGGUGUUUGAACUUAGGCAAAAAAGUGGAUUCAAAUUUCUUACAUCUUCUCCACUGUCUACAUCAAAACACGCCACCUCACUCUGCUUAUCUAUCUAUCUAUCUAUCUAUCUAUCUAUCUAUCUAUCUAUCUAUUUUUUUUAUUGCCUGUGAUAGGUGUUUGAUCUUAGGCAAAAAGUGGAUUCAAAUUUCUUACAUCUUCUCCACUGUCUACAUCAAAACACAUCACCUCGCUCUGCUUAUCUAUCUAUCUAUCUAUCUAUCUAUCUAUCUAUCUAUCUAUCUAUCUAUCUAUCUGGCGUUAGAGUUGAGACAGAAGACGGUUUUUAAGAUUGUUACACCUCCUCUGACUACAGUAACAAAAUUCUCCCUACGUUGA